CUCCAGUUAACCUUUUUGGAAAUCAAAACCUUUCCUCUCUCCCACCUUCUUCAUCUUCAUCCUCUUACAGUGAAGAGUUUGCAAAACUUUACUGUCUCUCUUGUAAACUCCUCCCUCUCCCCAAGCACCCUCUCCUACAAAGCUAGAUCAACUAUGGGAGAUCUUAUGCCCAGGAAAUAAGAUCUGCAUGUGCACAGGAACACCCAUUAGGCCUCCUAGUGUUAAAUAAAGGCUCAGACAGGUCGGAGGUGCCAGCCAGGCAGAGGAAAUCCACCUUUUCUCCUCACCUAUCCCCUGAGAUUCAUAGAGACAAGGCUGAGGAGGCCUCUGCUCACUGGUUUUCUUCCCCAACAUCUUAGCAGUGUGGACGCUGAUUAACUCCAGCUGGAUCUGGUUUGCCCAGCCUGUCUUUGAAAUUGAUCAAUGAGUUCCUUCUCGAGGAAUGCUCCCCCCUAACUGUGGAGGAGGAGGUGGUGACUGUGGCAGUCCUCUCCAGCAUGGGCAUCUUGGUUCUCAGUGCCUAAGACAAGGUAUUACAAGUGGAUAAAUAAUGUGCACUGCUCUGAGCCCAAAGGUACGCAGUGGACCUGGCCUCUCUGAUAUGCAUCAGUAUAGCCAGUGGCUGGCCAGCAGACAUGAAGCUAAUUUGCUACCGAUGAAAGAAGAUCUGGCCUUGUGGUUAACCAAUCUGUUAGGGAAGGAGAUUACGGCAGAAACUUUUAUGGAGAAAUUGGAUAAUGGUGCCUUGCUCUGUCAACUUGUAGAAACUGUGCAGGAGAAAUUCAAAGAGAGCAUGGAUGCUAACAAGCCCGCCAAGAAGCUGCCCUUAAAGAAGAUUCCAUGCAAGGCCAGUGCACCCUCAGGAUCCUUUUUUGCCAGAGACAAUACAGCAAACUUCUUAUCCUGGUGCCGAGAUUUAGGGGUAGAUGAAACAUGUCUGUUUGAAUCGGAAGGUUUGGUCCUCCACAAGCAACCCAGAGAAGUGUGUCUCUGUUUGCUGGAGCUUGGCCGGAUUGCAGCCAGGUAUGGUGUGGAGCCUCCUGGUUUGAUAAAGUUGGAAAAAGAAAUUGAACAAGAAGAAACACUCUCUGCCCCUUCUCCUUCACCUUCGCCUUCAUCAAAGUCUUCUGGAAAAAAGAGUACGGGAAACUUACUGGAUGAUGCAGUGAAACGGAUUUCUGAAGAUCCUCCUUGCAAAUGCCCGAGCAAGUUCUGUGUGGAGAGGCUCUCGCAAGGAAGAUACCGAGUGGGAGAGAAGAUCCUCUUCAUUAGGAUGCUGCACAACAAGCAUGUCAUGGUCCGUGUGGGAGGAGGUUGGGAAACUUUUGCAGGGUAUUUGUUGAAACACGACCCCUGCCGGAUGCUGCAGAUCUCCCGUGUGGAUGGCAAGACAUCCCCCAUCCAGAGCAAAUCUCCAACCCUCAAGGACAUGAAUCCAGAUAAUUACCUGGUGGUCUCUGCCAAUUAUAAGGGAAAGAAGGAAAUUAAAUGAAACUAGUUGGUCACUACAAGGGGACUCUCAUAAUGGCCUGUAUCCACAUCUCCAGUAGUCAGUUUAGUUCACAUGCUCUGAAAAUUACUUUGGAAAAAGACAUAACAGAUAGAAAGACGUCAUCAUGUUGAAACAUGCUCAAAGAGUAGCACUAUUUAUUUUGAAUGCUUCUGUAGAAAAUGACCUAUUAAAAGAAAUUAUCAACUCAGAUUUAAAUUAGACAAAUUGUAGGCAAAUCAUUGUUUCUCAAUAUGUGAACAUGGUAUUUAGAACACAAUACUAGCAAUACAAUUCUAGCUAAAGAUAAAAAUUAUUAGAAGAAAAUAGGAUUUACAGUUAAGUCAACAGAAAGUGCCUGCCUAAUGUGUACAGAAUAACAACACCCCAGACAUUUUUUAUAAUUGCAGGAUUUUUAAGCUGAUUUUUUAAAAAUGACAAUUAGUGUGAUGAUGUGCUACUAAAAAUAUCCAACAGCACUAUAAAUUAAAGUACAGUGUAUCUACGACAGUAAUACAUUACUGGAAAGGCCACUUCAGAAAAGUUUACAUUCACUUGGAAGAAUGCCUUAAAGUUUAUCCCUUAUCUCUGAACAAACACCUGGGGCACUUUUGGAAGUUUUCACUGCACCCCUUAGAGAAUGGCUUAUGAGUUGUUUACACAUUCCUAGCCACGUGGCUGUGUUGAGACUGAGUGUAAUUCACACACAUAAGCUGACAUACGUUUAUAUUUUGAAAGAGUAAAUUGUACAGUCAAAUGUCCAUUGACUUCAUGUUAUUUCAAAGCAUUUUCUUAUUAUAUCUUUAGUUAAUCCAACUUUGCUGUGCUGUCUAGUAAAGUAAUUUCACUGUAGCUAAUAAUGUUACAGACUUAUGUAUACCCUUGUAUACCUAGGACAGGGCUGUUUUGUACCCAUAAACAGCAAAAUAUUGUCCUCACUGAUUGAAGAAUUAAAAAGAUGUUAAAAAAUUUUA